AUGGAGACGAUGAAGGAGCGAUUUGCAAAACUCCUGCUCGGGCAAGACAUGUCCGGGGGUCGGAAGGGAGUUUGCACCGCCCUCGCCGUCUCCAAAGCCAUCACCGAUCUUUCUGGUAUUGAAUAUUCUUCUUCUCUUUCCUUUCCUGUCAUUGUGAUCCCUCUUGGUUCAAAUAGAAAAGGAGAAAAAGGGAAGCUUUCGGUUUCUCUUCCUCUCUAAUGGACCCCUGCGGGCGAAUUCGAUAUCGCAGCCACCAUCUUCGGAGAGCUGUGGAGACUGGAGCCCUUAGCGCCACGAAAGAAGGCAAUGUGGCGCCGGGAGAUGGACUGGCUGCUGCGGGUGACCGACUCCAUCGUGGAGCUGAUCCCUUCUCCUAGGGAGCUCCCUGGCGGUGCUGUCUUCGAGGUGAUGGUCACCAGGCCUCGAUCUGACAUAUACAUGAACCUCCCGGCACUCAGAAAGCUUGAUGAUAUGGUUCUUGGAAUGCUCGAGGGAUUCCGACACACAGAAUUCUGGUACAUCGAAUGGGGGGUCCUACUAGUUGGGGCCGGCGUUGACAAAUCUUCCUCUUUCAGUAGGCCAUCAUUCAGGCAGGAGGAGAAAUGGUGGCUUCCAUGCCCGAAGGUUCCAUCCCAUGGCCUCUCAGAGGCUGCAAGAAGAAGCCUGCAGCAGAGUAGAGACUAUGCAAACCAGAUACUCAAGGCCGCCAAGGCGAUUAACUGUGGUGUGCUUGCUGAGAUGGAGAUCCCUGACACAUACAUGGAGAAUUUGCCCAAGGUAGCACACAAAGGCUGAAUUUUGGAAAAGAUUGAUUUUUGACCGUUGCCCAUGCUUAUUACACCCCUCUUGAAUCUAGGAGCUCCGUUAAUUCGCAUGCCCAUUGGUGACAAUCCUUGCGACUUCUGUUCUAAAGAAGAUGGUGGGUCUGUCUUUAGCAUCCAGUUUCUUUUCCUUGCGCCAUAGCUGUGAUGUUUGAUCGAAAAUGUCGGGAUCUUCUUGCUUAUUACGAGAUGGCGCUAUACUGGGCUUAGCAUGAUCCUAGUUUUUGGGACCAUGGAAUCUCGUGGAUGCCAGGUUUAGGAACCAUCAAAGAUUCAAAGCCCGCCACCCCUUGUCUCCUGCAGGAAAGUAAUGCAGCAUUCUGCUUGUAUGAGAUGGAAGCAGUUUUUUUUAUUUAAUCAGUUUCCGGCUCUUAUAAUGAGUUUUUUUUCUUCUUUUUCUGUUUCUUGUAUCGCCUACAUGGAAAAUGUAUCAAUUAGAUAAUAAAUUCCCAAUUUUUCCAUGGUUAUGUUGGUGAAAUUUCUUUUAUAUUCAUUUUCACGGACAGCUAACUUUGAUAUUUACCAUUAGUUUGGCGCAUAUGCUGAGAGUUAUCUGCAUAAAUUGAAUUCAUAAUUGAUAAAUGUUCUUUUGAGAUUUAUUUUUUUCAUUUAUUUAGUUUUUAUAUUAUUGAACUUAUUAAUUUUGUGCAGAGUGGAAAAUCGUGUUUGAGAGAAAACAUAUACUGCAGUAUUACAGCCAAGCACUUCUUCCCAGAGUGCCUACUGGAUAGCCUCGGCCUCUCAUCUGAGCAGAGUGCUCUAGCCAUAGCGAACAACCUUGAGGCAGCCAAGCAUGUCUGGAGGCGUAAGGAUCAGAUAAGGUAUCAAAACAAUGAGAAGGAUAAAAAAUCAUGGAGUGGAAAGGUCAAGGCUCUCGCAAAGGAUUCAGGCAGGAGACAAACCAUAGCAGAACGUGCCGAGGCCCUCUUAGAACACUUAAAGCUCCGAUAUCCUCAGCUUCCACCAACAGUUCUGGGGAUGAACAAGAUUCAGUAUAACAAGGUAUGAAUGGACUUUUUUUUUUCUUCUGGUAGAAUGUGCUGAGAACUACAUAUUCCUUUCCUUCCGAUGCUGAAAAAGCAUAUUUUUGUUUGAUAAAAUGUUUUAUUUCAUUCGAACUUUGGAGUACCUUCUAUAUUACUGUGUUGAAAUGCAACAAUUUAACCUGUAUUUAACCUUAAAUGAAAACCAUGUAUUAUUGGAAACCCAUUCAUGACCUUGGUGUUCUUUCUCCCCAUGCAGGAUGUGGGUCGAGCAAUCCUUGAAAGUUAUUCGAGAGUCAUAGAGACCUUGGCCUCGAGCAUAAUGGCCAGAAUUGAUGAUGUCAUAUACAUGGAUGAUGCCAUCAAGAGGUGUUUAGCUGCAGAAAAAGUAUCUUUAUGCUUUGAAAGAGUAGCAUCCGUGCUCUAA